UUCAGCAGAGAAGCUGUGGAGCUCCACCUGGAAACUUUUCCUCCGCUGCUCUGAGACCCGCGUGUCCGUCCUCGGCUUCUUCUGCUUCCGAACAUGUCCUCGUACAACAACACGGCGCGGCUCACCGAGGCCAGGCGGGUGGCGAUAUUCGGAGGAACGCACGGAAACGAGAUGUCAGGCGUGACGCUGGUGAACCUGUGGAUGAAGAACAGCGACGAGAUUCAGAGGAAGGGAGUCGAGGCGAAGCCGUUCAUCACCAACCCGAAGGCUGUGGAGAAGUGCACCAGAUACGUGGACACGGACCUGAACCGAGCCUUCACCCCGGAGAACCUCAGUGCCCCGGGAGGAGAUGAGCUGCCCUACGAGGUGCAGCGAGCCCAGGAGAUCAACAGGGUGUUUGGACCCAAAGGAAGCCCGGAUGCCUACGACGUUAUCUUCGACCUCCACAACACGACGUCCAACAUGGGCUGCACCCUGAUCCUGGAGAGCUCCAAAGACCACUUCAACCUGCAGAUGAUGAACUACAUAAAGAAAGCCAUUGCUCCAGCUAGUUGUCUUGUUCUGCUGAAUGAACAUCCUCUUCUGAAAUAUUCCACUUCACGCUCUGUAGCCAAGCACCCAGUUGGUCUGGAAGUGGGUCCUCAGCCUCAAGGUGUUCUGAGGAGUAACAUCUUUGAAGCUAUGAGAGUCAUACUGAAGCAUGCCCUGGACUUCAUCGAACUGUUCAACGAAGGCAUGGAGUUCCCUUCCUGUACCGUGGAAGUUUUCCGGGUGUCGGAGAGGAUCGACUACCCCAGAGACGCCAAUGGAAACAUCAUCGCCAUGGUCCACCCCAACCUGCAGGACUGUGACUGGGAGCCGCUGAACCCCGGUGACCCAAUGUUCCAAACGUUUGACGGAAAGACCAUCCACUACCAAGGCUCCGGCACGGUCUACCCCACUUUUAUUAACGAGGCGGCCUAUUAUGAGAAACAACAGGCGUUUGUGACCACCAGGCGAGAAACCUUGGUGGCCAGUGCCAUCAGAAAAGCAUGAAAGCUGCCCUCGGAGGCUAUCGCGAAUAGCCACAGUGGCAAUCUGUGUAUAGAUUUUGCACUUUGCUCUGCUAGCAAAUGCCAGACUUUCUGCACAUAAUGACUAGAUACCAUCUUUUACACACUGAUUUAGUUUUUUAUGCGAGAAUCAAUUAACUAUGCAAAAGGACAUUUGUUGAGGCCACUGUGAAAGUCUUUGAUCUGAAGACUGGUAUAUUGUUGUGGUACAUAUUUAUGAUACUGUUGUUAUUUAAAAAUAUAUUUACAUUAAAUCGACUAAGUUUUUAUAACGUCGAGGCCAGUCUUAAUCAUUGGUGGCUCAUGGAUCAUCAGAAACACUCUUUUUAAGUUUCCGACUACUGCUCAGGAAGGCCAGUGAGGAUCAUAACCUGCAACUUUUGACCCAAAACUGUAGCUGUUUGUCUUCUUCUGAAAAUAUAUUUGUACCAUCUUUGGGGGUGGUGGGCGGGCGGGGGGGGAGGGUUGUCUUGUGGCCUUUCAUACUACCUACCUGAAACUCCAGUGGUUGCAUUUGUGGUGCUGUCCUAUUGUUGCCUUAAUCGAGUUUUCAGAGAAAAUUUGCACAACGAAUUUGGAGUGGCGUUUUGUCGUUUCUAUGUGUUGGACAACAAGUCGUUAUUUUGAUAAGAAACGGUACCUGUUCUCUUCCUCUACACACAUGGGAUGCAGCGUGAAACAUGUUUUAUAAUAAUAUGUGUAUCUAUUUUCAUAUCCUCGUACUGUACAUUUUGUUUUAAGUAAUGUGUAGAACGUGAACCAUGGAAAGCAUAUGUACUUUCUAUUGUUUUUACGUGGUAUCAAACUGUGGUCUUCAAGUAAUUUCUAAAAAAAAAAAAAAAAAAAGCAGUUUUCCUGUAAGCACCAUUUGUAUGUUUAGUAAAAGUCACUGUCCUAGAAGUCUUGUGGAAAUUAUACAAGCAAUAAAUGUAAUACUGUGCUAUGUAA